CAGAGAGCAACAAUAUUUACACGCUGUCAGCUGCUGGUCGUGAUGGAAACUAAACCGGAGCCGCUCAAACGGUACAUCUGCUCGUUCGCCGGCUGCUCGGCGGCUUAUAACAAACAGUGGAAACUCGACGCCCACUUGUGUAAACACACCGGAGCGAAGCCCUUCACGUGCGCGAGCGACGGCUGCGGUAAGUCGUUCUGCAGCCCCUACCACGUGGCGCGACACGAACUCAGUCACAGCGGCGUGAAGCCCUUUCGGUGCACCGAGGACGGCUGCCAGGAGGCCUUCACCACCAACACCAACCGGGCCAGACACGUCGGCCGCAUUCACGCGCGGGAGCAGAAGAAGUACGCCUGCAAGUUCGAGGACUGCGGGCUCGAGUUCAGGAAGAACAAGCAGCUCAAGUCCCACGUGUGCGAGCAACACACGCAGCUGGCCCCGUACCCGUGCACCUAUGAGGACUGCCAGAUGCGGUUCGCCGUCCCCAGCAAGCUGAAGCGCCACGAGAAGGUGCACCGAGGGUACCCCUGCAAAGACGAGGGCUGCAGCUUCACGGGAAAGACCUGGACAGAGUACCUGAAGCACAGGAAGGAGCAGCACAGGCUCGUCCUGAGGUGCGACCAGUGCAACAAGGUGUUCAAGGACUCCUGGUUCCUGCAGCAGCAUCAGCGCGUCCACUCCGAGACGCGCGUGGUCCUCAAGUGCCCCAGGGACGGCUGCGGGCGGUCGUUCACCACGCUUUUUAACCUGCAGAGCCACGUCGGCUCCUUCCACGAGGAGCUUCGGCCCUUCGCCUGCGACCAGGCGGGCUGCGGGAAGACCUUCGCCAUGAGGCAGAGCCUCCAGCGCCACCGCGUCGCCCACGACCCGGAGAAGAAGAAGCUCAGGAAGCCCCAACGCAAGAGGUCUCUCGCCUCCAGGUUGAGCGGUUUCGGUGAAACGAAGAGAGCGGUGUCCAAAAGGCGCCGGCAGCCAGGAUCCUCGAAAGAGUCUGCUGUUCAAAAGAAGAGCGACCCGCCCGGUCCUGUUGAGCUGGUGUCCCUCCUGCAGGACACGUCCUUGCUGUGCAGUCCUGCUGUGGACACGCAUGGACUCACUGAGGCCCUUACUACACCUCUGACUGUGUAGACCUGAAUAAAUGUAGUCCACCACUGUUAAGUUACCAUCCAAAAGGUUCCUUAUUUUUGACUUUGGGCAGGAACCUAAGGAUUUAUGAAUAUUAAUCUUACAGGAAAGUUUGGUUCUGGAACCAAAUCCUGUUGUUCCGUCCUUCUGGGUGUUUUUGUUUUCUUUUUUGUUUCUGGAGUCGUUAAAUCUUUCUAUUUGUUUAAUUUAUAUUUACUUAAAUACAUACUUUGUCCAUAUUGUGAAGUUAAUAAGACCAUGUUGUACAGCAAAAUGUCAGGAAAUAUAACUUUGCACGAUAAAUAAAUACUUGUAAAAGUG